GACGACGAGGCAUGCCCCAAAAAUCUAUAUUCCGACAGCCAGGGGCCCAGCACUUCCAGCUGGUCCACAGGUCACAGCGCGAUCCCCUCAUCCACGACCCUGAGGCGUCGCAGCAUGUCCUCAAAGCCUUCGUUCCAGAAAACCAGAAGAAGGGAAAGUCAAAGGCUGAGCUAGAAAGUCUACUCUCUCCGUCUGACCUGGCCCACGAUGCCUCACGAUCUAACAUCGGCGAAGCCUCUCUCUACGGCGUCUACUACGAUGACACCGACUAUGAUUACAUGCAGCACUUGCGGAACGUUGGUAUACAGGAGGAAGGCGUGGAUUCUGUUCUCAUUGAAGCCCCCGCUGCUCCGAAAUCGCACUCUAGAGAGAAGGGGAAGACACCGAUAUCCUUACGCGACCUCCCGGCCGAAUCACUCCCUUCGACAUCGGAACGACCGUGGAAUGUCGAGAGCCAGCAGGCCAUUCCCAGCUCAAUAGCAGGGUUUCAGCCGGAUAUGGACCCUCACCUGAGACAGGUUCUGGACGCAUUGGAAGACGAGGCAUUUGUAGACGAAGGGUUAGAAGACGACUUUUUUGAAAAUCUGAUUCAGGAUGGCGAGAGAGCGCCAAACGAGAGGUCCGACUACGACUUCGUGGAAGAUGGGGUCUCGGAAGAGGCGGAUACUGCGACGGGAGAAGUAGAUGAUAAUUGGGAGGCCAGGUUCGUGGCUUUCAAGAAGGCACAGCAGGCUGGAGCCGGUGGAUCCGGUGGUGAAGACGAGUGUUCUGAAGGCGCAGAUACGAUCGGCCGCAUGCCAGAGUUCUCCGUCUUGGGAGGGAAGAAGAGACGAAAAAGCACAUCCGACGCCUCAGGAUACAGUAUGACUAGCUCAUCGAUGUUCCGAAAUGAAGGAUUGAGGGCCCUUGAUGAGCGAUUCGAUCAGAUUGAGAAGGAAUACGCAUCGGAUGAGGAGGAUGACCCUGAAGAAGAUGACGACGAUGCGCCGCAGCUGCUCACUUCUCGUGAAGAUUUUGAUAACCUCAUGGACGAAUUCUUGGAAAAGUUUGAGAUAUCUGGCGGGAAAAUGAAGCCGUCUCUACCAGGUACAGGCGCCGAAAAAUUGGAAGCUCUGCGUUUGGCGAUGGGCCAGGAUAGCCGGGUCAGGGAGAGGGGCAGCGAUGAAUUGGACGACAGUAAUGACGAUGACAUCUUCGCUGCAUGGGCAAAAGAAGACAAAAAAUAUAGAUGGGACGUUGAAACUGUCCUUACAACACACACCAAUCUUGAGAAUCAUCCUCGACUGAUUAGAGCUCGCGAAAGUAAGCCCGUGCCCAGGAUACGCCUAGAUCCACGAACCGGCCUUCCAUCUGUCGUUGAAUCGCCUGCUGUGAAUGCACCAAAACGGCAACAUAGAAUUCCAUCUCCCAUAGACGAAAUGAUUCCUGCACGCACCACUAUCACUAGACCUCGAGCAGAAACCAGGGAGGAAAAGAAGGCACGCAAGGACGCGGUCAAGGCCAGUCGACAAACGCGUCGCGUUGAAAAGAAAGUUGUGAAAGAGCAGUUCUCUGCUGCAAUAAAGCAGCAGACUCGGAUCAUAGGCGACAAGCAGGUCAAGACGCGAAAGCUUUGACACGAUGCGUGCGCGAUGUAUAAGAGAUAUGUACAACAGAAAAGUAACUAGUACAGACAUAAAUAUUGUUAGUUGUGGGUAUUGUGUAAUACAUGACGGUGU